AGAAGAUUCCUGUUCGUCUCUGAAAGAAGAUCCAAGCGAGUCCAUCGGGUUUUCCUCCACAACACAGCAGAGUCUCUGAAACACUGAUCCAACAUGUCUGCUGGCAGCAACCUGAGAUCUGCAGAUCAGUUCCUGUGCUCCAUCUGUCUGGAUGUGUUCACUGAUCCAGUCAGCACACCAUGUGGACACAACUUCUGUAAAACCUGCAUCACUCAUUUCUGGGAUGAUAAUGUUCUCUACAAGUGUCCCAUAUGUCAAAAGUUGUUCACCAGAAGACCUGACCUGGAAGUCAACACCUUAUUCAGAGAGAUGGUUUCUGAGUUCAGACGUGAAGCUCAACAGAAAUCCAGCAGCAGCAGCUCAGAGCAACAAGCUGCAGAACCAGGAGAAGUUCCCUGUGACGUCUGCACUGGAACCAGACUGAAGGCCCUGAAGUCCUGCCUGGUGUGUCUGCUGUCCUACUGUGAGACUCACCUGGAGCCUCAUCUGACAAUGUCAGGUCUGAAAAGACAUCAGCUGGUGGAGCCUGUGGAGAACCUGGAGGACAGGAUUUGUACGAAGCACGAUAAACCUCUGGAGCUGUUCUGUAAGACCGACCAGACAUGUGUCUGCAUGCUCUGCUCUGUUUUAGACCACAAGAAUCAUGAGUUUGUUCCUCUGAGAGAAGAAUAUGAAGGAAAGAAGGCAGAGCUGGAGAAGACAGAGGCUGAGAUUCAGCAGAUGAUCCAGAAGAGACGACUGAAGAUUCAGGAGUUCAAAGAGUCUCUGAAGAUCAGUAACGAUGCUGCAGACAGAGAGAAAGCAGAAGGUGUUCAGGUCUUCACUGAUCUGAAGGAGUCUGUUGAGAGACGUCUGAAGGAGUUCAUGAAGGAGAUGGAAGACAAACAGAAAACUGCAGAGAAACAGGCUGAAGACUUCAUCAAAGAUCUGGAACAGGAAAUCUGUGAGCUGAAGAAGAGGAGCUCUGAGGUGGAGCAGCUCUCACGCUCUGAAGAUCACCUCCACCUCCUCCAAAGAUUCUCAUCCCUGGAAGAUGCUCCACCGACCAAGAACUGGACAGAGGUCAGAGUCCAUCCACCUUCAUAUGAGGGGACUGUGGUGAGAGCUGUGGACCAGCUGGAGAAGAACCUCAGAGAAAAGAUGAAGAAGCUGCUUGAAGCUGAGCUGAGGAGGAUCCAGCAGUUUGAAGCUGAUGUGACUCUUGAUCCUGAUACAGCAAAUUCCUGGCUCAUCCUGUCUGAUGAUGGAAAACAAGUUCAAUGUUGUAAUGUGGGGAAGAAUCUUCCAGAUAAUCCAGAGAGAUUCUCUCCAUGUCCUUGUGUUUUAGGAAAACAGAGUUUCUCUUCAGGCAGAUUUUACUUUGAGGUUCAGGUUAAAGGAAAGACUGAAUGGACUUUAGGAGUGGCCAGAGAGUCGGCCAACAGGAAGGGAACAAUCACACUGAAACCUCAGAAUGGUUACUGGAUUGUUUGGCUGAGAAAUGUAAACGAGUACAGAGCUCUUGCUGGUCCUCCAGUCCGUCUCCAUCUCAGUUCUCCUCCUGAGAAGUUGGGGGUGUUUGUGGAUUAUGAGGAGGGUCUGGUCUCCUUUCAUGAUGUAGAUACUGCAGCACUUAUCUACUCCUUUACUGGCUGCUCCUUCAGGGAGAAACUCCACCCGUAUUUCAGUCCUCAACUCAAUGAUGGAGGUAAAAACUCUGCUCCUCUGAUCAUCUGUCCUGUCAAUCAAACUGUCUGAUCUUCGAUGAAAUGAAUUUUCAUCAACUCUGAAUGUUCAUUGUGUGUGUGUGUGUGUGUGUGUGUGGACAGACAGAAGGCCUUAUUAUUGACAUACAGAGGUUUUUUAGAAAAAAAGAUCCAGGUAGGAGUGUAUGAUCACAUGCUGUGACUUCAUUUCUCAUUGCAACCAAAUAUUCAAUUAGAAUGAUGUAAUUUGGAUCAAUCUAUAUAAUUUAUUCGAUAUAAAUGAUUCAAUAUUUUAUAUAGAUUAUUAUAUUAAUAUUACUAUUAAAUAGAGCAGAGAGAGGACGUUUUUUAGUAUUUUUAUUAUAAUUUUUUUAUAUUAAUGUCAGGAGACAGAGAAGGAUCUUACAGACCACAAAUAAGAAUGCACCUACUUGUUUGGUGUCAAGGGUCAUCCACCAUGAAUUGCACUUAAAUUUGAUCAAAAACGUGCUCUGGUCCAAUUAUUCUUUGAUAAUACCUUAAUAUUAUUAUAAUACCUUAACAAUAAUAAUAAUAAGUUUUGUUUUUGUAAGUUUCAGUUAAGUUGUAUUUUUCUGUGUGUAAUGUGGAGUUAUUUCACCUUUUCUUUUAACAUAUUCUGAAUAAUACACUUGAAUUUUGUUUGUUAAAUAUUGUUAAGUUACCUUUUAAGAUUCAGACAAAUUAUUCUUCAGGUUUGUUUUGGGAGAAAUCUCUGGUUCGAGAGCGGUCGGCUGUGCAAAAGUGAAUCAGACACACACUCGCUUUCACUAUAAUGAAUACAUUUAUUAGCAAACAAGCAGUGCAAACAAAAGACUCACACACAACUGCCCUUUGCUAGGAUAACUCUGUGUCAAGUUAUCCCCCGCAAAUGACAAAACAACAGACGGGCUUGGCCUAAACUCUUACCUUAACACAGAAGACUGGAGAGCCGGAACAGUCCAGGCAGAGCAGCCAUCAACCCUAGCUCGGCGUCGUGCACAAACCCGCAGCUGACUCUGCUGAACUUCCGGCUGCCCCCCAUCUUUAUACGACAUCUCGCGGAGGGGGUUGCCCCUUCAACCCCCGCCUGCCAGUUCUCAUGCUAAGUCUAAGUCUUGAUUCACAUGGGAGUUCUCCCGUGUGAACAAGCGCUUCUCUCACAGUUUACAAUAAUACUAAACAGCAGGUGCAUAGUUGAUAUGACUGUUUUGAGAAUCAAGGACCUUUCAGGACACAAAACUUAUUUUUUCUUCCUUCAUUCCACCUCUUGGCCUGAAAAUGUCCUAAUUCAAAAGCAGGCAUAAUACAUGAAACAAGCAUAAUACAUGAGCAUAAUUAAUAUGAAAAGUUGAAUUAAGGGCAUUCCAGGACACCAAACAUACUCCGCCUCUCAAGGUUUCAACUGGGAAAUAGAAAAUGGGUCAAUUUACCCCCAGAUGCAGAUCAACUUACCCCUAAACUGGGGCAAUGUCAUGGAGACGUUAUUAUCAUUUCCAUUGACAGGAUCCUGAAAUUAAGAUAGAUGUUUCUUUUUUUUGAUGAUGAUAAGCAAUGGACAAUGAAACGAUAACAAUUUGAAAGAAAGUAUCUAUCUCUCUCUCCAUGCUUUUCUUUCACAAAUGUGGGAAUGAUGGUCCAAGCUUGUGUUAAAAUGUACAAAACAGUAGUUUAUUUAAGUUUAUUUUGCCUCGCCGGCCAGCGAAAUCUGAGUGCUCAGCACGCCUAAAGCUCUGAUCCUAGAAUCACCCCUGGAUCAUAUUAUUACAUUUGUAUGUUGUACUUCUACCUUUUUCCUGUUUUUUGUUCCUCUUCUUUGAGAUUGAGAACAUUUGAGAUAAUAAUAAAAAAAUUUGCAAGUGUGAAUCAUCCUACAAUAUCUGAUGAUGGAAUGGGUAAAAACUGCUGGAUUGUUGAA